AUAUUAAUCAUAGCUUGAUCUGUUGUGUAUUUUUUUUUUUUAAUUAUUUAACAAUUAAGAACGAAAUUUUGUUUAAAAAUAUAUACCGGCUAACAUGAGCACACUCUCAAACAUGUGGAAAAUAAUCAGACCAAAUUAUUUACAAUUAAAUGCUGUCAACUCCAGAAUCAAUUGGGAGUUUAAUCGUGAACGUCAUAGAAUGUCAAAAUUAACAAGUGACCUAGGAUUACCAGCAAGACCAAAAAGACCAUUGAAUCCAUACUUUAUAUUUUCAUCUGAACAAAGAGAUGCACUUAAAAUUCAAUAUCCUGGUAUAACAGUCAGAGAAUUAACAAAAAAACUAGGUGAAUUAUGGAAAACAUAUGAUCCUGUUAAAAAAGAAAGAAUGAAACAAAUGUAUAAAUCUCAAAUUGAAACUUAUACCAGAGAUAUUAUGAGUUACUAUGAAUCAUUAACAUUGGAGCAACAAGAAAUGGUAAAAGAUUAUCGUGAAAAUCUGAGGAGAAAAAAAAUUCAUAAACAAUUAAAACAGACUUAUAAAGAUCUUGGUAAACCAAAAAGACCAGUUGGACCUUUUGUCAUGUAUGCCCAUAAAUUGGCUGAACAAAAAGAUGUUAAAAUGUUAUAUAAAGAUUGGAUGAUGAGUCAAGGUGAAAUCUGGAAAAAAUUAUCAGAUGAAGAUAAAGAACCAUAUCAUAUUGAAUAUUUAAAAGCUAAAGAAAAAUUUAAAUCAGAUGUUAUUGAAUGGGAAACAAAAAUGAUUGACAUGGGUAAUACUCACUUAGUUAGGAAAUCUGUACUUCGAGAUCUUCAAGGACCAAAUAUCGAAAAAUUAUCUACAAUAAAAACAUCAAAAAAUAAUAAAUUUAAUGAAUCCGAAAUAUUGAAAAAUAUCAUUGAAAAAGUCGUAGAAAAUCCAUUGAUAGAAAAUAAAAAGAAAAUAAAAAAAAUUAAGCAGUCAAAAGCAGCUGUUGAGUUAGAUAAAGUUAAUGAAUUAGUUGACGAUAUAAAAUCAAUAAAUGUUGAAGAUCAGCUAACAAUUGUCAAUGAUAAAUUAGUAAAUGAUGAAAAAUUAAUUAAUAAAACUGAUAAAGUAGUAAAAGAUUCAUCAACUGAAAAUCCAGGUCUAUUUAAAUCAGUUAAAAAGUCAAAAAAAGUUGCUAAUAAAUUAAUUGAUGAAGAAAAAUCAAUCAAUACUAAAGAUCAGCCAACAAUUAUCAACGAUAAAUUAGUAAAUGAUGAAAAAUUAAUUAAUAAAACUGAUAAAGAAGUAAAAGAUUCAUUAACUAAAAAUCCAGAUCUACUUAAACCAAUUAAGACAGCAAAAAAAAUUGUUAAUAAAACUGAUAAAGUGGUAAAAGAUCCAUCAACUGAAAAUGCAGGUGAAUUUAAACCAAUUGAUACGUCAAAAAAAGUUGCUGAUAAAUUAAUUGAUAAAGAAAAAUCAAAUAAUGUUAAAGAUCAGCCAACAAUCAUCAAUGAUAAAUUAGUAAAUGAUGAAAAAUUAAUUAAUAAAACUGAUAAAGUAGUCGAGGAGCCAUUAACAAUUAAUCCAGAUCAAUUUAAACAAAUUGAUACGUCAAAAAAAGUUGUUGAAUUAAACAAAGUUGAUGAUAAAAUAUUAAAUAAAGUAGAUGAAUCAAUAGAAGAUACUAAAGUGCCAAAAAAAUUAGACAACAAGACUUCAAGCAAUGUUGAAAAUCCAAUAAAUAAAACUGAUGAAUCAAUUAAAGAACCAGCUAAUAAUAGUAAAACAAUUUCUUCACUUUGGAAUUGGUGGAAAUAAUAUAUA